AGUGUGCGAAGGGUGUAGUGUACGAAGGGAGGUGUGGUGGGGUGGUCGUCCACAACAAACUUGGAGGAGGAGGAAGCUGCUGUUCCUCCUGCUGAGGGUGAGCCCGCGAGGUCCCUGGCCGCCUGGGAACACUAUGGCCACAGGGCCCUGACUGUGUGGGUUGAGAUUUUAUCAGAAGAGAAGGAGAGAAGACAAGCAAAAUGAGUAACAUAAAGAUGAAUCAGUUCGUGGUGGAGCUGAAGUCUCGACAUGAGGAGAUUAGGGUGAAAGCCGCGUGUGAUCUUCAACGCUAUGUCACCACUGAACUCAGGGAGGUCUCCCUGGAUGAACUCCUCUCUUUCCUGGAUGAGUUCAACCAUCACAUCUUUGAGAUGGUGUCCUCAAAUGACAUCAAUGAGAAAAAAGGUGGCAUUUAUGCUAUAAUGAGUCUCGUGGAUGUUGAUAUUGGCCAAACUGGAGUCCGCAUCAGCCGGUUUGCUAACUACUUGAAAAACCUUGUAAACAGCCCUGACACAGGAGUGAUGGAACUAACAGCAAAAGCAGUAGGGCGCCUUGCUUUAGCAUCUGGAACAUUCACUGCUGAGUAUGUUGAAGAUCUGGUGAAACGAUCCUUUGAGUGGUUGCAAGGAGAUCGUAAUGAAGGAAGAAGGCAUGCUGCGGUAUUGGUGCUUCGUGAGUUAGCCCUUUCAGUCCCUACAUACUUUUUUCAACAAGUCCAACAAUUCUUGGAUGUGAUUUUCCAUGCUGUAAGAGACCCAAAGCCUGCGAUCAGAGAAAAUGCAGUGGCAGCACUUCGGGUGGCACUCACCAUAACUGCACAGAGAGAAACUAAGGAGAUGCAGCAAACAAUGUGGUAUAAACAAUGUUUGUCAGAGGUCUGGGCUGGCUUUGAUGAUUCAUCUAACAACAAAGAUCGAAGUCUCACCCGAGAUGACCGGAUCCAUGGUUCAUUGUUAGUGUUGAAUGAACUUCUUCGCUGUAGCAACUGUGAGUGGGAAAGACUUUUAAAGAAAUUACGUCACCUCACUGAUUACCAAACACCAGCUCCAAAAAAGGAUGGCAUGUCAUCGGUAGUGAAGCGUCUACGUGGAGGUCAAGGGUCACUGACACCAUCACCCCAUGCACCACAUGACCUCUCCAAUCUACCAUCACAUUCUAACUCGACCAUAGUGGGUCAGGAGACCACCAUCUUGGAUCAGCCUUGCGAGAGCCGAACUUGUCGAGAACUCAUCUUGGAGAAAUACGAUGAAAUCUGUUCUCAGGUGUUGAACCAAAGGAGUAGUCGUAGCAAUGUAAUCCAGGGGGCCCUGCUACAGAUCUUGCCCAGAUUGGCUGCACUUAACAAGGAAAAAUUCUCUCAGAGUUACCUCUCUGCAACGAUGAGCUACCUGUUGGGAUGCUUACGAGGAAGAGAUAAAGAACGUCCCAAUGCUUUUGUUACUCUUGGUCUGAUGGCCGUGGCAGUGGGUCCUUCCAUCAAGAAGUACUUGCCGAAGAUCAUGGACGUCAUAAAAGCCUCACUUCCCACUAAGGAUACACCAAGCAAGAAGAGAGUGGUAGAACCAGCAGUGUAUGUUUGUGUGAGCCUGGUGGCUCGUGCGGUGGGAGGAGCCGUACGUAAUGACGUCAAGGACCUUCUUGAGCCUAUGAUGGCCACAGGAUUGUGUCCUCCCUUGACAUUAGCUCUCCAGGAACUUGCAACAGAAAUUCCUCAGCUCAAGCGUGAUAUUGCGGAAGGAUUGUUGAGGAUGUUGUCUCAGAUCUUAAUGCAUAGAUCCCUGCCUCAUCGUUCGGGUGCACCACCACCGCCACCGUCACCUGAUCAUCAAGACACGGCCAGUAUUGUCCUAGCACUGAAGACUCUUGGAUCUUUUGAUUUUGAAGGGACAGGACAAUCCCUAAUGCAGUUUAUCAGACAUGUGGCAGAUCAGUAUUUGAGCAGUGAACAUCGGGAGGUGCGCCUGGAGGGAGUGCGGACGUGUUGCCAACUCCUGCGACCCACCUUUGCAACUCUUGGACGACGUACUUCACAGUCCCAGACUCACAUUAUAUUUAAUAUUGUGAGCAAAGUCCUGUGGGUCUGUGUUACAGACAUGGAUCCCGAUGUUCGUUUGUGUGUUCUGGAAUCUCUAGAUGAGAGUUUUGACAGACAUCUUGCCCAGCCAGAGAAUCUCAAUGCCCUUAUAUUUGCUUUGAGUGAUGAAGUGUUUGAGAUUCGAGUAUAUGCUAUUUCCAUAUUGGGCCGUCUUUCUGCCAUCAACCCUGCCUAUGUUCACCCAUUGCUAAGGAAAGCAUUGCUCAAGAUCUUGGAUGAACUGGAUUACAGUGGCAUAGGACGUAAUCGGGAGUUGAGUGCACACAUGCUGGGACUCCUAAUAGGCAAUGCUCCCAGGUUUAUGAGGCAAUUUGUUCAAGCCAUCAUGUCUGUUUUAGUUCCAAAAUUGAAGGACCAGGACCCUAACCCAGCAGUCACCAUGUUUGUUCUUAUGGCUAUUGGAGACUUGGCUCAGGUAAGUGGUGGAGAGAUGCAGAAGUGGCUGACAGAACUUAUGCCCUUACUUCUGGAAAUGUUGGGUGAUGGUACAUCUGGGUGGAAGCGGCGUGUGGCUCUGUGGACUCUGGGUCAGCUGGUGGAGAACACCGGCUAUGUGGUCCACCCCUACACCCAGCACCCUACUCUGCUUGAUGUUCUUCUCUCAUUCCUCAAAACUGAACAACAGUCUGUUGUUAGGCGUGAAACUAUACGAGUGUUGGGUCUGCUUGGAGCCCUGGAUCCAUACAAGCAUAAGAUGAAUGUUGGGAUGAUUAAGAUUCAGGAAGACACUGGUGUUGCAGUCAUAUCCAUCACCGAAGCAAAGAAUGAUGAUCUCACUGCUGAUUUAGGCACGAGUGAGAUGCUAGUGAAUCUGAACUAUUCUUCCCUGGAGGAGUUCUACCCAGCUUGUGCCAUUGCUAUGCUCCUCAAGGUUAUUAAAGACCCAUCACUCGCUCAACACCACAACGAAGUUGUUCGGGCUAUUACAUUCAUCUUCAAAUCAUUGGGUGUGAAGGGAGUGCCAUAUCUUGCGCAGGUUAUUCCUUCUCUCCUCAUCGUCAUAAGAACUUCAGAUGCUAACUUUAGAGACUACUUAUUCCAGCAAUUGGCUACACUCAUUGGCAUUGUUAAGCAGCACAUUCGAAAUUAUCUAGAUUAUAUCAUUGAUAUUUUGAAGGAAUUCUGGGUAACUGGUGGUAAACUGGAGACGACCAUCACCAUCAUUACUGUUGUCGAGAGCAUUGCAUUAGCCGUGAGCUCCGAAUUUAAGAUCUACCUCAAAGAGCUGAUUCCUAUGAUACUCAAGUCGUGCAUCAAUGACUCAAAAGAGAAGCAAGUAACUGGAAAGCUUCUGUUGGCAUUCCAAAAGUUUGGACCUACGCUUGAGGAAUUUCUACACAUGAUUCUUCCUCACAUUGUUAAACUUUUUGACGCCAGUGAUGUUCCCCUCGCUGUUCGCCGCACAGCUCUUGAAACUGUGGAUCACUUUUCUGAUUAUCUUGACCUUUCAGACUAUACAUCCAAGAUAAUGCAUCCUUUGCUACGAACUCUUGACACAAGCCCAGAGCUACGUCAACAAGCAAUGGAUGUGUUGUGUUCCCUAGCAACUCAGCUAGGUCGGUCGUACGAGUGUUUCAUUCCUGUUGUUCACCGCAUAAUGGCCAAACAUAGAAUUAGUCAUCCAAGAUAUGAUAUUCUUGUUGCCAAAGUGGUAAAGGGGCUAACAAUAUCUGAAGAUGAAAGUACUAUUCUGACAGCACAUUCACGCUUCAAGAGACCAAAGUCCAGGGACCACCAACUUGAAACUGACUCAGCCACAAUCAAGAAGGUGACAGUUGGAGUACAGUCUCUCCAGCGAGCGUGGCUCUUCACCCGCUUGGUAAGCAAGGAUGACUGGCUCGAGUGGCUCAGACGCUUCAGUAUUGAAUUGAUGAAGGCAUCUCCAUCCCCAGCAUUAAGGUCAUGUUACUCGGUGGCCACCACAUAUGUGCAACUCUCUCGGGACCUGUUUAAUGCUGCCUUUGUAUCCUGCUGGAGUGAAUUGAAUGAAAGCCUGCAGGAUGACCUCCUUCAGUCCCUUCGUCAAGCACUCACCUCCCAGGAUAUUCCUGAGAUCACACAAACUCUCCUUAAUUUGGCAGAGUUUAUGGAACAUUGCGAUAAGGGUCCACUGCCUCUAGAACUUCAGCUGUUGGGUGAGAAGGCAAUGGAGUGUCGUGCAUAUGCUAAGGCUUUACAUUACAAAGAGGAAGAGUUCCACAAGGGUCCCACAUCAGAUGUUCUGGAGCAUCUUAUCUCCAUUAAUAAUAAGUUGGGGCAAAAAGAAGCAGCAGCAGGUCUCCUGGAGUAUGCCCGCAAGAACAACCGCACAGAUAUGAAGGUCCAAGAGAGGUGGCAUGAAAAGCUGCACGAUUGGGAUCAGGCCCUUCAGGCAUAUCAGACAAAACUGGAGACAAGACCAGAUGAUCUAGAUUUAGUUCUCGGUCAGAUGAGGUGUCUUGAAGCUCUCGGUGAAUGGGGCGAGUUGUACAGUGUGUCGUGUGAACGGUGGGAUGGCUCCAUGGCCGAUGAGUUCCGUGGUCAGAUGUCACGAGUUGCAUCAGCCUCAGCAUGGGCAAUGGGGCAGUGGACGAUGAUGGAGGAUUAUGCCAAAUACAUUCCACUUGACACGCAGGAAGGAGCAUUUUACCGUGCCGUUCUGGCCGUGCACAAGGAUCAGUAUCAUCCAGCACAGCAGCUAAUCGACACAGCCCGAGAUCUGCUAGACACAGAACUGACAGCCAUGGUGGGGGAGAGUUAUCAGCGGGCAUAUAAUGCUAUGGUGGCAGUGCAGAUGUUGGCUGAGCUAGAGGAAGUGAUCCAGUACAAGCUAGUUCCAGAGAGGAGACAACCUAUCACUCAGAUCUGGUGGGAAAGACUACAGGGAUGUCAGCGUGUUGUUGAAGACUGGCAAAAAAUACUCCAGGUUCGCUCUUUGGUUUUGAGCCCACAGGAAGAUAUGCGACCUUGGCUAAAAUUUGCUUCUCUCUGUCGCAAGUCGGGUCGUUUGGCCUUGUCUCACAAAACUCUAGUACGGCUCUUGGGCUGUGAUCCGUCCGCAAAUCCUACUCAGGCACUCCCAGCUACCCAUCCACAUGUGACUUAUCAGUACUGCAAACAUAUUUACACAUAUCCCAAUAGGAGACUAGAAGCUUAUGGGCGGUUACAGAAAUUCCUACAGUUUUUGGCACCCGCUGUUGUUGUUGGUCAGAAUGGGGACGGUAAGCUGCGCAAGUUAGUCUCCAGGGUCUACCUCAAGCUUGGUGAAUGGUAUGAACAACUUCAUGGCCUUAAUGAAGAGAAUAUUAGUCAGAUACUUAGUUAUUAUACUCUUGCUAAAGAAACAGACGAGUCCUGCUACAAGGCUUGGCAUGCAUAUGCGUACAUGAAUUUUGAAGCCAUUCUUUUCUACAAGAACAAAAGUGAUCUUAUUAAGUCUGACAGUAGUGGGGAGGACUCUAGCACCCCUAGUAAAAAAAAGAAAUCUGCAGGUGACUUUACAGUGGCAGCAGUAAAAGGUUUCAUUCGGUCCAUAUCUCUGAGUGAUGGUAACAGUCUUCAGGACACACUGCGACUUCUUACUGUGUGGUUUGAGCACGGUCAUCAGCCUGGGGUGUACGAAGCACUGGUUGAUGGUCUCAAGACUAUUCAGAUUGACACUUGGCUACAGGUUAUUCCCCAGCUGAUCGCAAGGAUUGACACCCCUCGGACACUAGUAGGGAAGCUCAUUCAUCAGUUGCUCAUGGACAUUGGCAAGCAUCACCCUCAGGCCCUCAUUUAUCCACUGACUGUGGCAGCAAAGUCAUCUGUGGCUGCUCGAUCCCAGGCUGCUGAAAAAAUCCUCAAGAACAUGCGGGAACAUUCAGCCAACCUGGUUCAGCAGGCCAUGAUGGUAUCAGAAGAGUUGAUAAGAGUAGCCAUUUUGUGGCACGAAAUCUGGCAUGAAGGUCUAGAAGAAGCAAGCCGACUCUAUUUUGGAGAGAAGAAUGAAUCGGGAAUGUUUCGGACAUUGGAGCCCCUGCAUGCUAUGAUGGAACGAGGUCCACAAACACUCAAAGAGAUGUCCUUUAAUCAGGCCUAUGGUAGAGAUUUGAGUGAAGCACAAGAAUGGUGUCGGCGUUACCAGAGAACACAUAAUGUACGCGAACUAAAUCAAGCAUGGGACCUUUACUACCACGUGUUCCGUCGUAUUUCUCGUCAGCUUCCUCAGCUUACAUCUUUGGAGUUACAAUCAGUUUCACCAAGGUUGCUUAAAUGUAGGGAUCUAGAUAUUGCAGUGCCUGGCUCUUAUGCACCCAACACUCCCGUUAUAUGCAUUAGCCAGGUUCAAUCAUCAUUGCAGGUGUUGUCGUCUAAACAACGACCUCGUAAACUUUGCAUCAGGGGAAGCAAUGGCCGGGACUUCGUCUUCCUAUUGAAGGGACAUGAAGACCUUCGACAGGAUGAAAGAGUUAUGCAACUCUUUGGUUUGGUAAACACUCUUCUCAUCAGUAAUCCUGAUACCUUCCGUCGCAACUUGACUAUUCAGCGCUUUGCCGUAAUCCCACUUUCCACAAACUCGGGCCUUAUUGGUUGGGUCCCACAUUGUGACACACUUCAUGCCCUCAUAAGAGACUGGCGGGAGAAGAAGAAAAUCCUACUAAAUAUUGAGCACAGAAUAAUGAUGAGAAUGGCCCAAGAUCUAGAGCAUCUGACCCUAAUGCAGAAAGUGGAAGUAUUUGAGCAUGCCCUGGAGCAUACUCAGGGUGAUGAUCUUGCCCGCCUUCUUUGGUUUAAAAGUCCCUCCUCAGAAGUGUGGUUUGAUCGUCGCACAAACUAUACACGUUCUCUAGCUGUCAUGUCAAUGGUGGGGUACGUAUUGGGUUUGGGUGACCGCCAUCCUUCUAACUUAAUGUUGGAUCAGUUGUCAGGUAAGAUCAUCCACAUUGAUUUUGGUGAUUGCUUUGAGGUUGCCAUGACUCGUGAGAAGUUCCCAGAGAAAAUACCUUUCCGUUUGACUCGGAUGCUGAUUAAUGCAAUGGAAGUGACAGGAAUAGACGGGACAUACCGCAUGACCUGUGAAUCUGUCAUGAGUCUCAUUCGUCGAAAUAAAGAUUCCCUCAUGGCCAUGCUAGAAGCCUUUGUUCACGAUCCACUGCUCAACUGGCGCUUAAUGGAUCACACACAGCCCAAAAGUAAACGCUCAGUAGUUGGUGACAGUGAUAGUUCUGGUAGUGCUGUAAGUGCAACAGAUACUAGCCAUACACCCAUCAUGGAGACUACUCCUGUAUCAUCAGCAAUCCAUGCAGGUUCUCAGACAAAGAAAUUAGAAAUAGGACGGGAAGAUUCUGGCGCUUCUGAAGCCCUCAAUAAGAAAGCAGUUGCCAUUGUUAAUCGUGUCCGUGACAAGCUAACUGGACGAGAUUUUUGUCACGAUGAGCCGCUGGAUGUGCAUAAACAGGUGGAGUUGCUUAUUGCACAGGCAACCUCACAUGAGAACCUAUGUCAGUGUUACAUAGGAUGGUGUCCUUUCUGGUGAUAUGGUUUUCAAUGACUGCCUAGUAGUUUAAGCCUCGUGCUUAAUAAUGACCUUUCAUUUAGCUACAGUAUGUAUGUUUUUGCUAUACAACAUUGUGUUUUUGAUAAUGUUACUAAAUGUCAGUAAUACGCCAUUCAAGAAACUUAGCCUUUCCAUUGCUACACCAUUUCUUGUGUCUAAUGGUGAUUUGAUACCUGUUUUUCUAGACAGGAAACAAUUGGCUACUCAAUUGGUAUUAAUAUUUCUUGCCUACUGUAUAUUUGAUCAGUAGGAGAACUUGAACCCCCUUGCCAGGUCCUAGCCAAGCCCAAGGCAUCAGAGCAUUAAAAUGUCUUUCUACUGAAGUUACUUACGAAGCUCGGUUUUUUAACAAGAUGAAUAAGUAAAUUUGUUAAAAGUUACUCAAAUAAACUUUUAAUUGUGUUGGAUGAGCUGUAGUAAACCUGUUGAUUAUUUUUUCCUUGUUAGUGACUGUAUGAAUUUAUUUCUGACAAUUAAGAAUUUGACUCGUUAAAAUCUGCAGACUCACAUCACAUUAAGAUGUGAUGGGAUGAUAUCAGUGAGUACAAUGAACAUAAUGACUAACUCUGCACAGUAUUUGUGUAAGGUGAUUGAAAGAAUAGUGGUCCAUUGGAACUGUGGAAAUCAUAAAUGAUUGAAAAUCUAGUGAGGAGUUGGUGAGGUUGAGGAGUAAAAUGGUAAAUGUGAUAAAUAUCAGAAAUGUAAAUAAGUUAAGUAUAGACACGGAGAAAAGAUGUUUUAGUAGGAUGGAAAAUUUCAAGAUUAUGAUGGGUAUAUUGAAGUUUUGAAGACUGGAUUGAGCACACAUUUUUCAUUGCAUUUAAGAUUACAAUUUGUGACAAAACUCUUUGUUGUAGUCCACAUUUUUUUUUAUUUAUUUAUAUAUAUACAAGAGUUCUUACAUUCUUGUAAAUCCACUAACACACACAGCAUUUCGGGCAGGUCCUUAAUCCUAAUUAUCUCCAGAAUACGACCUGCCAAAUCAUUUAACAACCAGGUACCUAUUCACAGCUGGGUGAAUAGAGGCUACAAUUAAGGAUUGGCACCUAGUAAAUCCUCCCAGACUAGGAUACAAAACCCAGGCCAAAGUGCUCGCAAAGCACUGGGUGAGUGUUUUACCACAGCACCAUGGGGACUGCUUAUGUUGCAACUUAACCUGAAUUUAAAAAAAUGUUUUGACGAUUCUUUUUCAAAUGGCUUCUAACUAAAACCUUUUAGUCUUUUAUGCAGAUAAAUAAAUCUGCAUAACUUAAUUCAAGGAUUUUCAUUCAUUUGUGCAUCCCAUUAUUUUGACAAAUUUAGCUUUUGAUUACUGUCAUGUUGAUUUGGUCAUAUCAACUUGACAAUUGUUAAAUAUAACAAAACAGAGGCCUCAAAAGAGUUGGUGAAACUUGCCUGGUUGCUAUGAGAGUACAGUAUUCAAUUAGUAAUGUGCAGUGUAUGGUGGGGCGGUUUCUUCCUUGUGGAGCAGAAUGCAGAUAAUAAGCUCUUGCUGUGCUUGAGGCAUAGAAGAACCCCCAGUCCCCUAUCCAGGUACAGUCCAGGUACACCAUUAAUUUUCUUUGUCAAAAAAUUUCAAAUUGAUCUUUUCCAAGUUGUGUACAGUACUUGUUUUAUGUUCAUGAAUUUGUAACUAUGUACUCCAGGGAAUUUGGUUACAAAAUUUAAAAUUAUUUAAUAAUUUGCUUCAAUCACAGUUAAUAGAAAGCAGAACCUGUACUGAUUUAGUGUUCUACAUUUUGUUCAGCUUUUUAUGUUGUGUAGCUGGGGCGGUGAGUGCCAUGGUGUUGAUACACGCUAAACCUACAACAUAAACAGUAAACCACUUGGAUGAUUAUUGAUGCAUUAUUAUCCCACUGGUGUUACUCUGUAGGUGAUCUCAAGUUGUCACAUUACUCUUUUUACCCCUUACUGCAGAUAGGACAUACUUUUAUUGUUGCUUUAUAAAUGUUAUGUCAAAAGUGUUUGAAAUGUGUCAGUCUUCAUCCCAUCCUCCAGUUUUGGUAGUACUUAUAGUAAUGAUGAGGGCCAUAGUACAUAUACUGACUUACAACAAAAUUAGAAAGUAGAGUUAUUGAGUUGGACAAACCGGAAAACUAAUUUUUACUAGUGUUGCUUUGAUAAACUAAACUAACCUAACCUUCCUAGGCCUAAUAUAGUACAUAUGAGUGCUAUACUAGGCCUAGGAAUAUUUCAGUUUGAUUUUAGCUUCAUUUAUUUUAAAAGAAUACCUUACUAGUCAGUAUACUACUAUCUAAAAGCUAUGUACGCAGGAAUUCGUGACUAUUGAUGACCAUCACUCAAGAUAACUCAAGAUCACAAUAGAUACUAUCUAAACAGGUGGAUGGGUUGCAGUCUUCAUUAUUUUAUAUUAGGUCUUUGUUAUAAGAAAAUGUUUAUGUAAGUACUAUACUGGAAUUUAUAUUUUUGGCAUAUAGUACGAGGUUUGGGUUAAUAACUUAAUAGUUGUAUAUAAAAUAUGUAAAUUAUUGAACAUAAAUGAAAAUAUAUACAGUA